CGCAGCUCUCUCUCCAAGCAUGGUGGAUCUGAUAGCAUGAGGUGAGGUUUGUAAAACAAGUUUGGUAUUUAGUAAAUCUUCUUCAUGACUGUGGUACCCACAAACUGAAUAAGCUCUUUAAACCAUGCCACCAGUGGUCUACUGAUAAGAUUACUCUGAGAUCGUUCCUUCAGCGAGGCAGUCUCUCCACCAUGGCAGAAAUGCAAGAUUGUCAAUUUGAUGCAGGUCUUUACUCCCCGAAUCCAAGCGUGAGUGGGAUGACUUGUCUAGACCGAGACGCCUUCAGUAAACCUAUAACUGUUCCUGUGAUUCGAGUAAAGAAAGAGAUCAUAAAUCAGGUGAUGAAAGCCCUGAAACACAGACUUGUACAAAGGCCCCAUCUAAAGAGAGUGAUUGAGGAUCCCAAAGAUGAAAUAAACAAACUGGUCCUGUUGGACCCAUUUAAAGUAACCUCCGAGGACUCAUUUGAGGAGUGUGACCAUUUACUCUUUAAGAAAUUUGGAGUCAGCACUCAGAUUACCCAAUAUGAGCUACAGCUCACUUAUGAAAAUUUUAAAGGCGAUGAAAUCUUGCGGGCAGUCUUACCAAAAGGCCAAGAUGUCACAUCCGGUUUUAGUAGAGUUGGACAUAUUGCUCACAUGAACCUUCGGGAACACCAGCUUCCAUACAAGAAUUUGAUUGGCCAAGUCAUCCUGGACAAAAAUCCAGGUAUCACCUCCGUCGUGAAUAAGAUAAACACCAUCGACUCGACAUAUAGAAAUUUUCAAAUGGAGGUUUUAGCUGGUGAGGAAAACAUGAUCACUAAGGUUAAAGAAAAUUACAUCACAUAUGAAUUCGAUUUUUCCAAAGUAUACUGGAAUCCACGCCUCUCCACGGAGCAUGAACGCAUCAUUCAUGUCUUAAAGCCAGGGGAUGUUCUUUUUGAUGUUUUUGCAGGAGUAGGACCAUUUGCCAUUCCCACGGCCAAAAAGAAUUGCAUUGUUUACGCCAAUGACUUGAAUCCUGAGUCUUACAAAUGGCUAUUGCACAACUGCAAACUGAACAAAGUAGACAAAAAGGUUUUUGCAUCCAACGUCGAUGGGUGCGACUUUAUCAAAACAAUAGUAAAGAAGGAGCUACUUAAGUAUAUAAAGUUAUUUUCUAAUGAACAAAAGAACAAGAUCCACAUAGUUAUGAAUUUACCAGCGAUGGCGAUUGAGUUCCUUGAUGCUUUUAUAAAUCUCUGUGAAGAAGAGCCUUGUAGUGACGCUGUUUUGCCAACUGUGCACUGCUACAGCUUUUCAAAAGAUGACGAUCCGAAAAGAGACGUUAAAGAGAAGGCAGAGUCUAUUUUGGGGGCGCAGUUAGAUGAUUGCUCUGUGCAUCUGGUGAGGAAUGUGGCCCCUAACAAAGAUAUGAUGUGUAUAAGUUUCCAGGUUCCUGCCAAGGUGCUUUAUAAAACACGGGCCGACACUGCUGAUGAACCGACCGCUAAACGUUCACGAACAGAAGAAGAGAGCACCACAGAAAAUUAAUCCAGGGAUCAAGACAUUUUCAUUCUGUAAAUUAAGUUUUAUAU